UCAAAAACACGCUCUGGCACCACAGACGAGACCGCCUGUACUGUGCUUGGCCCGGGUGUGAACGUUCUAGACUGGCGAAAGACCGUUCUGUUGGAGCUGUUCAGACUGGUAGCUCAGCGUAGUUGCCACGCUACGCUUCUCCGUAAUGUGUUUCUCAUGUACAAACACGCACACAGGGCCCAGUAUCCACACUCAAACGCAAACACACACCACACACACAAGCCUUUGUUGGCUGUACCGGCUAAGAACACUGUCUCGGGAUCCAAGUCCGACGCCCAGGCCCCCUCCGGCAGCCUCACAGCGCAAUCGUCCAUCCUGACCAACCACUACGUGUCUGACUCCACCCUUGCAGCCAAGGAGAAGUCGGCCUGGUGCACUCAGCUCAUCCAGCUACUACUGCGCAUGGGCAGUGUCUCGUCUCCCGGCAUCCCGCCCUUCGUGUGCCUGAAUAUGGCCAAAAGGGGCUAUGGCGGGCUCGUGCUGCCGGUCACGCGCACGCGCACAUGGCCGGGUGCGGCUUACACGUUCAUGGCGUGGCUAAAAAUAGACCACUGGUGCGAUACGCCGCAAGGCCCAAGUACCGAACAUCCCGUGCGUGUGUUCACCCUGUCCAGUCCGGCGCAGACCUGGAUGACGGCGACCAUCUCGCGCGACACUCAGACACUCCGAAUCCAUUGCGGGAAGGCCAACAGUCCGGCCCCAAAAUCUUCGGGUGCACCGGCCCCGGCCGACAACCCCACCGCGGCGGCCUCCGGUUACCAUGGCAACCUGCAGUGCGACUUUGACAAGCACAAGUUCCGGCCCAACCGAUGGUACCACGUGGGGCUGGUGCACUCGCGCAUACGGCUGCGUGCCAGCACAGCCACUCUGUACGUCAACGGUCUCAAGGUGCAGUCCGAGAAGGUGUCCUUCAUGCCUGGCCCACCCAACAACGGCAGUCAGAGCGCCGGAGAGGUGGUGUGUGUGGUGGGCACCCCGUUUUGGCAGCGGAGGACUAGCAGUCUGUCCUGGUCCUGCGGCCCUGUUUGGCUGGUCAGUGAAGCGCUGUCGGCGCAUGCGGUGUGUGCGGCGUACUUUGUGGGGCCAAAGUACACGGGAGCGUUUACGGGCAAGCUCAGGGCGUAUCAAACCUACGAGGUCAUCUCAGCACGCACCCUCACGACCUUCAAAGGAGCCGACCUGGCCAUCUACAACCUCAACAACGCACAAGCAGCCAUGCCGUCUGAAGACGUGGUCGAGUUCUCCAUGCAUGUCGGCAACACAGUCACCGACUCACACCUCUCAGCUACCUACGUGCAGAGACUGCUGCACGGUGACGCCCUCGGGCCACAGGUGAAGAGCAUGCUGCUAUCGCUCAUGGGCAAUGCCGAGCUGAGCUGCGGCGGACAGUACACAGUGAUACGGAACGCCGUAGAGACCACCAGCGCGCCGACGGGGCAGAUGGGGGCGGAAGGGCUGAUGUUUGGCUGUGCACGCGCACACAACAGUGUGUGUCUGAGCGAUGGCAUACGCAUGGUGAGUGGGGUGCCCGUGGUACUGGACGUGAUCCAGCACUCGGAGAGUAUCAGCGAUCUCGAGGCCGGGCUGCGGUUGCUAAGCACCGCCGUGCGUUACCACGCCAACCUGACCGGCCAGAUGGAGGCCAUGCUGGGCUACCAGAUCGUUGCCAUGGCGCUGAAGAAACGGUCGCGCAUCCUGUCUCUCGGAGUGGUCAAUGUGUUGUUUGAGUUAGUCGGUACCAGCAUGAACGUGGCCACGGGUACGCUGGGUAACAUCUCGGCGUUCAAGAAUCUGUUACUGGACUAUGAGAUCUGGCGAUACUCGGACGUGAGUGUGACUACGGCGGUGUUCAGUAAGAUACUAGCCCUCAUCACCACCACCAACAGUCUUUGGAAGUUCAACAUCCGCCGCCUGCGCAAACUCUACAUCACGCAGCGGCUGCUGUUCCUGCUCAGAGACGAGACGGUGCCCGAGAGUGCCGUAAAGGUGGUGGUGCAGAUCAUUGGGAGGCUACUCAGUAUAGAGGGGACUGAGGAUGAUAUGGAGCGUAUCGCACGGUUUAUGGUAACCACGGUGAACCCGGACCAGGACGUGAGUGACCAUCCGGUGCUGACUACGCACAAGCCCAGCCACAGCUACGCUCACCAACCCCCCGAGGAAACGCUGUCGCCGGUACCACAGGGUCUGGGGAAGGGCGGGCUAUCCCCAACGGCCUCUAAUGUUAGUCUGAAUAGUACCAACCGGCCAAACUCUCCGGUGAAGAGCAGUAAACGAGACUCUAGAAGCCUUGCACGGACGGUGGACAAGGUGGGGGUGACGCAUCACAAGGUGGUGGUGCGUAACUACAUGUUGGAAGAGCUGCUGUCCUUCUUAGACCAACAGGGCGAGAAGGCCCUGGCCAAAGUGCUUCACAUCUUCGGUGUUCAGUGGGUCAUGUUGUUUGUUAAUGAGAAUACGGACCAGAAGUCGCUGAUACUGGCGCUGCGGUUGCUGGUGAUGUUCUUAAUCCAGGCACCGGAUCGUCCCACGGUGUUGAUGCAGUUUCGUAAGACGUACCAAGGGUUUCUCCGUCUGGGCCGUGGCCUAGAACCGCACGCCCGGUGCGCACAACUGUACUUUUCGCUGUAUGCCUUACUACUUGGUGUUAACAUAUCUGACAUCCCCUUUGGCAUGUCACUGGAUAUAGCUGCCCUCUACAACUUCUUCCCGGGUACGCUGGAGUUUGCCGAGCCCCAGACCCUGAUUCUAUUAUUAGAACUGGAGCGUUCGCUUCAGCAUACCUACCUUUUGGAUACCGCCACUGCGGAGACCGACCUGCCCCACCCAGCCUCUGAAUGGGAGAUCCCGGAAGAUGACAAGGACCGUAUAGAAGUAGUGGGGGUCACGAAUAUCAUGUUCAUUGCUCAUCUGUAUAACAAGUCCAGACACCCUUUCUACUUCACCAGCGCCUUCCUGGGUGCGUUAAUUGCCGUGAUGUAUCCCACGCCCCUGGUUAAAGUCACCAGCAAGAAGCGACCGGCCUCUGCUGGCCAGACUUCCAGGUAG